AUGGACGCCAUCUCGGGAUAUAAGCAGAUAAGGAUGGCUGAGGAAGACCAGGAGAAGAUCGCGUUCAUCAUGAGUCAAGGACUCUACUGUUACAAGGUAAUGCCUUUUGGAUUGAAGAAUGCUGGGCUACGUAUCAAAGCUUCGGGGAAGUUCCUGGGAUUCAUAGUGUCGCAAAGAGGAAUAGAAGCGAACCCAGAGAAAGUACGACCCAUCAUCAACAUGGCGUCACCCAAGAACGUCAAGGAAGUCCAAAAACUCAUGGGAAGGAUAGCAGCCUUGAACAGUCCACCCCUCUUAAGCCCGUCCAAAGAAGGGGAAAACCUGUAUUUAUACUUGGCAGUGUCAGCCUCGGUAGUAAGUGCAGCCUUGAUUAGGGAAGAGGAUGCGAAGCAGCUACCAGUUUACUAUGUCAACCAAGCCUUCCAAGGAGCUAAGUCCAGGUAUCCAAGGAUUGAAAAGAUCACGUUUGCAUUAAUAGUAGCUUCGCGCAAGCUAAGGCAAUACUUCCAGGCAAACCCCAUUCUCGUAAUAACGGACCAACCAAUCAAGAAAUCAAUGAACAAGCCCAAGGCAGCAAGAAGAAUGGUCCAGUGGGCAAUUGAACUUAGUCAAUUUGACAUCGAGUACCAUCCUAGAACGACAAUCAAGGCGCAAGCUCUGGCGGACUUCAUCGCAAAGUUUACCCUUCCGGAUGAAGACAGUCCUCCAAAUGGAGUUAAUAGAUGGACGCUGCAAACUGAUGGUUCGUCAGCCCAGAGGAAGGGGGGAGUAGGGGUUGUCAUAACCACCCCCGACGGAGAGGUGUUGAAAUAUGGGGUCCAACUAAAAUUCCCAGCUACCAACAACGAAGCUGAAUACGAGGGGAUACUGACGGGGUUGAGGCUUGGAAAGGUACUUGGAGUCAAAAACCUGUUAAUCCAAAAUUAUUCGAAGCUAGUGAUCGAGCAGAUUAGAGGGGAACACGAAGCAAAGGAAGAAAGGAUGCAAAAGUACCUCAGGCUGAUGAAACAUCUAACUCAGGAGUUCGAUACGAUGGAGUUCGUGCAGAUCCCAAGAAGUCAGAAUAUGGGGGCAGACGAAAUCUCGAAGAUAGCAUCAUCAGAAAAAUGA